UUCGGAGGCAUUCGGGAGUGUUGAUAAUCAAUGAUAGGCACUUGUUGUCGGGCGCAGCGAGCGCCGAAAGUGGUCGAGCCCAGGCAGGCCUGACACCCUUAGUAACUGUCACGCUGCAAGUAGAAGGGUGGUGGCUUUGCGCGUACUUGCAGAUGCCGCUGUUGAAUGAUUGCUGACAGACCGUCAGCGGCCUACGAUCCUUCCAUUCAACCUCUGCAAUUUCCAGUUUCGCUGUUGUUCAUUGCGUCACUCUCGUUAUUUACCUACCGCUCACGUUCAUAAUUUAUACACAUAUAUACUACACACACGCUCGCAGAUAUACAUACAUAUAAAUAUUUUUCCAAUUCCGAACGGUGGUUCAGUAGAAAGUAGAUUAUUAUGCGAUCACUACGUGUGGUUCUAGUCUUUAAGAUAAGGACGUUCCGAUCGCGAUAGGGACGCUAAGACGCAAAGUACACCCCAUACAUCAGUUAGUUAUGUGCGUUACAGUUGAUGCUGCUGUGUGAUUCAUCGUCGGUUCAUGGUGCCUGCAUGAUUGGUGGAUCGUUUCGUUAGUGUAUGCUUUUAUCCCGAAUUCGUGGUGCGAACGAGGUAUAUAUAGAUAUAUAUCUAUCUAUCGGAGAUUGUAGAUAUGGCUGCGGUUGAUAACGAAUCGAUUGUGCCUCAGUGGAAGAAGGAUUUGAUAAUGCGUCGGAGAUCGACGGGCAGCAAAAAUCAUCCGGCAUCCAGUAUUGGUGGAGGAGAACAGCUGUCGAGCGUACUUCGGUCCCCUGCCUCUGGUGCUUCAGCUAUUGCCGCUUCGGUCUCGGUCGGCUGUGCAGGCCAUCAACCUACUGCGACUUCUUCGGUUAGCGGCAGUGUAUCCGCGGUCUGCGCCAGUGAUUCUUCGUGCGGACAAACAUGUGUUAAGGAUUGUGGAUCGAGCACGUGCUUCUUGAGAAAAAUGGUACAGGAGCGAACCUGGGUGGAUCACAAGCAAAUCAGCGUCGACAUGGUGCCAGAAACUAUCAUCAACGAGAAGAGCGGUGUCGACUCGGACUCCUCCGAGGAGCUCCAGUACGGCCCCGGCAUCGUCAGCAAGCUUAAGAAUAGAUAUCUAAGUUUGACACUACGGGAAGCCAGCCAGAAGAGCCGCCCGACCAUUCUGCAUAUGAGGAAGGCGGCCUCGCUGGAGAAUAUGCUAGAUGAUGACCACCCAAUCGAGGAGGAAAACAAUCGUAAGUUCGAAUCGCGGAUGAACGGUAACGCGAAGAACGUCCCCAACCGCUACAGGAACCCUGUGCGAGGCUCCGAAAUGAAGAGGGCCCGUUCCGUCGAGACGAUAUCUUCAACUCGUACCAACGAGCCCAACAACAUAACCACAACUGCAGAACGCCCCAAGUCCCUGCUUCUACACGAAGAUGUGUUCAUUAUCGACAAGGAAGCCACUGAUAAGCCUUACAGGAAGUCCCCAGAUAGCAGCAACCAGUUGUUCGAACCAGCAGAAAACAAGUACACGAGUCGCGUUAACCGCCCGAAACGGAUAGCCCCAGUCAUGAACGAAAAGGAAAAACCACCAGCCGAUGUCGUGAAGCAGGCGAAGAAGAUCUUCGAGACACGACCUGAGUGCCGCACUAAGCCUCCUCAACAUACCGGAGAUGUAGCCGCUAAAGUGGCCAACUUCAAGAGUAUCAUCAUCCAGACGAAGGCAAGCACGAAGCCGACUCUUAAGCAGAAGCCGCAAGUGGACAAGAGGAAACCUCCGCCUCCAGCUCGUCUGCCCAUCACCAAACCUUCAACGCCACCGCCGAAGAAGCCUCUGCCGAGCCCCAUUCCGGAUGUCUCCAUGACCAACGCCGAGCAAACGGACAACCCAGAAAACACCUCUAGUCUCACUCAAACCCCGGACUUGAUCCUCCACUCUAGUCCCAUACACGCGAAACCAUCGACGCCGCCUCCGCAACAGGCCGACCUCGAGGAGGAGACCCAUAAGACUAUCUCCCCCGAAAGCCAAAGAAACAUCAGCAAUGCUAGCAACUCAAUCACCUUCAACUUCAUCAAGCCAACGCCGGCUACACAGCCACUCAAACUAGAGAUCGAGCCUGUCCAUCAUCCGCAGACCGAAAAACGAUUCAAGCUGUCUCCACGUGAGAUCGAGAAGAACUUCAUCAACGCGAGCAAAUCCAACCAGCAGAAACCUCCUGUCCCCGCGCAACAAGUGAUAAUUCGCGAGGAUACGGUCGCACCCACUGCCGUCGUCUCUGCAGCACCCGCCAAGUGCGAGCCUAAGCUGAAACGCGCCGCGCGCCCCAAACAGGAUGAUCAGCAGAACUGUAUCGUGUUCAAAUUCACAGAUCGGAAAGAUGUACCCGACUACGUUGGAAAUGACGGCACCAUCCGCACCGGGAAAAUCGAAAAACCUAAAACUGGUGAAGGAGGAAUCACGAUAUUACCAGGAGCGUCGAUUGAUGAGGCAUUUGUGGACUACGAGGAGGAGCUCCGAUCGCUGGAAGGUCCUCCGAGUCCUUGUGAUGUGAGCUUCAUCAACGACAACAUUCUCAUCGACGGCCGUUCUAGUCUUAGUCAAAAAACGAAAAAGCCCAAGAUGAGAAUCCAGUUUGUCGAGGCUGUACCGCAAAUAUUUGUAUACCCCUCAGAGGCUGCGAUGCUUCUCCUCGAGCAGCAGGACGUUCAAUCCCCAACGGCGAUUGGCACCAUGGGACACACCGUGCCAUCUCUGACAGGUUCAUCAUCGCUGGCGACGUACACUCCGAAAUCAGGCUGCAGCAGUGAAGAGUUCGAGUUAGGAGUGACAAAAUGCAAUAAUGUUCCUGUGCAAGAGCAGACGACGGGUGUGGAGGAAAUCCAAUCCGAUGACCCAGCAGUGUUGGAGAGCGAGGAACCAGUUUUGUUCAGUUCCGGGACCAUUCCAGACAUUUUAUUUUAACAUACAUACACACACAUAUAAAUAUUUAAA